AUGGCCAAGGCAAAGGGCAAUCCUGGCAUUCAAAAUAGGCACAUUUAUACCAGGGCUUCAUAUCUCUACCAAGCGGCCAGCUAUCUUGCAAACUGCGCUCAACAGGCCAAGCAGCAGGCCACGCCGCAGAGCGCCCGGCAUGGCGAUGAGCACUCAUCUACCUCGAGACUAGACGCACCGUCUGGCACAAGCAAUGGCCCUAACCCCGAGUUUGCUCAUGGCAGCCAAGAGCGCAAGGUCUUGAUGAACUUAUCUCACCAAGUCGUGUCGGACAUGAGAUCGGUGUCUCUGAAAGCCCAGAUCCGACAGAGCCGUUCAAUCAAGCAAACCAUCUGCAAAUUUUGCGACGCUAUCCUGAUUGAAGGCAAAACAUGUCACUCUGCGGUGGAGAAUCUCAGCAAGGGCGGAAGAAAGCCUUGGGCCGAUGUUCUCGUCACCCGGUGUGGCACGUGUGGAAACGUGAAGCGGUAUCCCGUCAGCGCCCCGAGGCAGAAUAGAAAGCCGCUUCGGACUCUCGAGACUCCGAAGAUGGAGAAAGACAGCACUCCGUCUGCGCCAGUGCAUGAGCAACCUGUGUGUGAUGAGUCUGCAGGGUGA